AUGGGGAUGAAUAGCAUCGCGCAUAUCGAGGUGUGUCUGUACCUCCGGACUCUGCCCUUCUCCACAGCUCGGAGAAGGCUUAAUUCCUUGACUACAUUCACGCUGGGAUACAACACCCCAGUCAACGUUGACGUCGCAGAACAACACUGGGCUGACAACAUCAGAAUCGUGGGAUUGUGGGCGAGAAGGUCGCUUGUCCUCAUUAUUGGUAUAAAAUCUGUGUACGAUGGACAUCGGUCCUCCAUUGCGCUUGCGCUUUCAACUUUCUCUCAACGAUUUCUCAUGUCUUCAUUUACUCGAAUGCGGGAUGCUAGGGGUCGAUUCGCGAGACCAAAGCCUCCCCGAAUGGAGACAUCCCACUCGACUUAUCUCCCGGCGGAAGUCAUUCGGGUCAUCCUAGAAGGGCUCAUCGCGCAGAAUGACCAACCGUCUGUAGAGGCGUUCUCCAGGGUCUCGUCUUUCUUCCUGGAGGACUGUCGCAAGCAUCUCAUGCAAGCCUUCGAUCUGCGAAAGGCGCCUCGCGGCAACCCUUACACCGUCGUACCCGCAACCCAGAUGAUGGUCGAGUAUAUUACCCGAUUUGCGGUUUUGCUCCAACGUCAACCCCACCUCGCCGGCUACGUGAAGAAAAUACGUAUCUUCUGCGACGACUCGAACCAGAACCUCUCCUGGAUCAAACAGCGAACCGCCAUGCCAUUCAUUUUGGAUCGGAUCCCGCAAGUCACCGACCUCGAGCUUACACUGGAGGAGCCCGUUGAAUGGGCGCACUUCGAUCCCGAGUUACGUCGCGCUUUUCUCGCAGUCAUGUGCCGAGGCAUGGGAGUCACUCAACUCAAGAUAACUGGCGUCAGAAACCUGCCCAUGAUGCUGCUCAACCAGUCUCGCUCGCUCAAGAGCAUGGAGCUGCACACGUGCACGUUCAUAUUCCCCGAUAUCUCGCUUUGCCCUCCCGAGGAACAGCAACUGAUGCAGCGUAUCAGCCAGGGUCUCUCACGCAAGACUUAUCUCGACGAAUUGACUGUCGGGAACUCUGGCGUUUACAUCGGAGUGGCACUCGCAACUGAUCAUGGACGCUUCCUGAGGGUCGACAUCUCGAGGUUGAAAAGGUUGGAAAUAGACCUCGGCCGUCGACCACCGGAGAAUGUGGAAGCGUGGAAGAUUGUCCUGUUCGCUAGGAAGUCCAUCCAAACUCUUGUCGUCAGGCAGACCGACAUGGAAUUUAAACCUGCUCUUUUGAUACAGAUGCCGAAUCCUGGCCAAUUCAUGAAUCACCCUCUCAUGAAGCUAUGGCAUCUCGAACAACUGACCCACUUUGAUCUUACCGUCGUCUUCCAGAGUCUCGAGAGGUAUGAAGGGUCAAGCCACCGCCCCAUCCUCGUGCGCAGGCCGCCUCAGAAUUGUUACGAACAACCUCUCAUCCCAUGGGCAAUGAUCCUGUGGGCUGGAAACAAAAUGCUGCGCACCAUUACUCUGACCCUUGAAUGCUACGCGCUCGAGGAUGAAGAACUCUUCUCUACCUGCUUCGAGAUUGAAACGGACCACACGACGGGCCCAGGUCCCUACCCCCCAAUCCCUACUUCUUGGUCGCUUCUUGACACCGCGCUGAAGAAUCCAAACGCGUUCCCCUCCUUACAACAGAUCGACGUCGUCAUGAAGCUUCCGGAAGCCUCGAGUAGCAUGUCAGAUGCGCAAGCGCCGAUCAGUGCGCUGCAGAGGGAGGUCAUGUCUGUGAUCAAGAAGCUCUUACACGAAACGCGUCGCCGAGUCGUAUUGAAUAUUCGGUGCGAAUUGGACUAA